AUGAAGCUCUCCGGUAAGCAUAUAGAGAAAGACAGGUCUGGCUAUGUCAGAGUCACACCUGAUGACGACGAGGAUAUGUGGCAUCUGUACAAUCUCAUUCAUGUGGGCGACCGCGUUCGAUCUAGUGGCGUUCGUCGGAUUCAGAACCAGUCCGCCACGGGCUCGGUCACGUCGAAACGCAUUUGGGUGACGCUUACGCUCAUCGUCACGAAAGUCCUUUGGAUGCCUUCCACCGCGUCCGGGGCUGCAGACCCAAAAGCCAAGUCUAAUAACACCGGCGCUGUCGUUGAAGUAGCGGGACGGGUUGUAGAUGAGAGUGAAUAUGUGACGCUUGGGGCACACCACACCUUCGCUUUGCAGGUCCACUUGUUCGUGAAGAUUGAGAAGGAAGCCGGCGGCUGGGACAAAAUUGCUCUCGGCCGUGUAGACGAAAGCUGCGUGCCAGGAAAGGGCGCAGAGGUCGCUGCGAUCAUUUGCGGGGAAGGGUCUGCAAUUUUCUGUCUAUUAUCAGAGCACAUGACUGUGGUUCUACAAAGAUUAGAGGUUCAUAUCCCCAGGAAGCUCUCGUCGCAAUCUUCGGCCCACGAAAAGGGACUGGGCCGUUUCUACCAAAGCCUUUUCGCCUCGUUUCUCCGUCACAUCCCGUUCUCGAAUCCUACCCUUCGAGCUAUCGUGAUCGCGUCGCCGGGAUGGGUCAGAGACAGCGUGUUCGACUAUAUCAUGGAGGAAGCUAGUCGCACGUCGAACAAGGAACUGCUUUCUGCACGCAACAAGUUUAUCAAAGUUCAUGUCAACAGUCCACAUGUUCACAGUCUUGUGGAAGCGCUGAAGAGUCCUACGAUCGCAACCCAACUGAAAGAAACGAAGUUCGCUCGCGAAGGCAUCAUGCUCGACAAAUUCUUCAAAAUGCUCGCCACGGACGAGAUGCGGGCAUGGUAUGGUCCUGACCAUGUUAUCCUCGCUGCCGACCGUGGAGCCAUCGGAACACUGCUCAUCUCGGACGAACUAUUCCGAUCUGAUGAUGCCACUGUCCGCAAGAGAUUCGUGAAGGCUGUAGAGAGCGUGCAGGGCAAAGGCGGAGAAGCACUCAUCUUCUCCAGUAUGCACGAGUCUGGUCAACAACUCAAUCAGCUCAGCGGGAUCGCAGCCAUCUUGACAUACCCACUCGAUAUAGAAGUCGUGGAGGCCGAAGAGAAGGAAGCCAGGGAAGAAGAAGAGCGAAGGAUAGCGGAACGGAAAGCAGAAUUGGGCGAGGACUGA